AUGGCUUCCAUCACCUCACCCCUGCGGGGAACGUACCGUUACCUGCAACGGCAAGCGCACGAGUCGCCCGUCAUCUUUUUCUCCCUCAUCAUCGGCCUUUCGGGCCCAGUGAUCGCUAUUACAGUGCCACCGAUCCGUAGAAGGAUGGGAUGGAGGCCCGCGGAGCAGAUUCCUACAACUUACCCUCUCCCGAAACGGGCACGGGUACCUGUUCAGGGCUAUGAUGAUGAAUAG